GCGACAUCGCGGGCGGCGGCUCAGUGGAAGAAGCAGAAGGCGGCGGAGGCGGGUGGGAGUGAUUUUUUUUUUUUUAAUUUUUUUUCCCCCCUCCACGCGAGUUUUCCGCCAUGAAUCCCAACUGUGCGCGCUGCGGGAAGAUCGUGUAUCCCACGGAGAAGGUGAACUGCUUGGAUAAGUUCUGGCACAAAUCAUGUUUCCACUGCGAGACCUGCAAGAUGACCCUGAACAUGAAGAACUACAAGGGCUACGAGAAGAAGCCCUACUGCAAUGCACACUACCCCAAGCAAUCCUUCACCAUGGUGGCAGACACGCCCGAGAACCUGCGCCUAAAGCAGCAGAGUGAGCUCCAGAGCCAGAUCCGCUACAAGGAGGAGUUCGAGAAGAACAAAGGGAAGGGAUUCAGCGUGGUGGCCGACACCCCCGAGCUGCAGAGGAUCAAGAAGACUCAGGAUCAGAUCAGCAACAUCAAGUACCACGAGGAGUUCGAGCGGAGCCGGAUGGGGCCCAGCCCCAGCGAGGGCUCGGAGCCCGAGCGCCGGAGCUCCCCCGAGAGCGGCGCCUACCGGAGAGCGGAGCAGCCGCAGCAGCAGCACCACGGCCAGCCCGCGGCCACAGUUUACCAGCAGCAGCAGCAGCAGCAGCCGCCUCCAUCCCAGUCCUACUGCUACAAGGAGCCAACUCCGGCCUCCUCACAGCGCAACGCCCCGGCCGCAGGGGGGAAGCGUUUCCGUGCCGUCUAUGACUACAACGCGGCGGACGAGGACGAGGUGUCCUUCCAGGACGGGGACACCAUCAUCAACGUGCAGCAGAUCGACGACGGCUGGAUGUACGGCACGGUGGAGCGCACGGGGGACACGGGCAUGCUCCCGGCCAACUACGUGGAGGCCAUCUGAGCCCUGCCCGUGUCCCCUCCUGUCCCCUCCCCACCCUCCGAGCCGCGUCCCCGUGUCCCCUCCGGCUCCGGUUUCGGGGAUCAAAGCUCCAGGGCAUUUCUCCUCCUGUCCCUCCUGUCCUUCCUGUCCUGCCCUCCCGGGAGCCACCGGGAUGCCAGGAAAGGGAGGGAGAGGCCAAAUUCAGGACCAAAUUCCCCAUGUGGGGUGGGGGAAGCAAAGGGGGGCUCCCCUGGGCUCGGGGUGGGCUGGCAGCUCCCCCUGCUCAUCCUGCUCCUGGCUGCCCUCAAUCCUUCCGUGCUCGGAGCAGGAAAGUUUUGAGCUCAAAUCUCCACAAAACCUCUCAGCUCUGGCUGCUCCUGCCUCGGGCUGGGCUGUCCUGAGCCCUCCGGAGCAGCAGCAGCCCUGGGGCUCGUCCUGGCUGGAGGGCUGGGCUGGGAUGAGCUCCCUUGAACUGGGAUGAGCUCUCCAGACUGGGAUCAGGCCCUCUGGACUGGGAUGAACCCCUCCCUUGAACUGGGAUGAGCUCCCCAGACUGGGAUCAGGCCCUCUGGACUGGGAUGAACCCCUCCCCAGACUGGGAUCAGCCCCCCUGGACUGGGAUGAACCCCUCCCCAGACUGGGAUCAGCCCCCCUGAACUGGGAUGAACCCCUCCCCAGACUGGGAUGAGCUCCCCAGACUGGGAUCAGGCCCUCUGGACUGGGAUGAACCCCUCCCUUGAACUGGGAUGAGCUCCCCAGACUGGGAUCAGGCCCUCUGGACUGGGAUGAACCCCUCCCCAGACUGGGAUGAGCCCCUUGAAGUUGGGAUGAGCUCCCCAUGCUGGGAUGAGUUCUCUGGACUGGGAUCAGCCCCCCCUGAACUGGGAUGAGCCCCUUGAAGUUGGGAUGAGCUCCCCAUGCUGGGAUGAGUUCCCUGAACUGGGAUCAGCCCCCCCAGGCUGGGAUGAGCCCCCCAGACUGGGAUCAACCCCACUGAACUGUGAUCAGCCCCCCAAACUGGGAUGAGUCCCCCCCAAACUGGGAUCAAUCAGCCUCCCAGAGCUCCAGCUCACUCUGGGGGUCCCCCUGGGGUUGAGCCUUUUCCCCUCACCCAGAAUUUUCCUGCUUUUCUCCUCCUCCUCCUGCUGCUGCUGAGUGCUGCCACCCCUGUGGGCCCGUCCCGGGUCGCUGUCCCCUGGGUGCUGUGACACCCCCAGCCAGCCCCAGCGCUGGUGGCAGCUUUUUGGGACCACUUUGGGGUCGUGUCACGGACCAAAACAUCGAAGCACGUCCCUGUCCCCUUCUCCUCUGGGCUCCCGGGGGGGAUCGGGAUCGGGAUAAACUGGAACUGGGCAGGGAGGAAGGAGCAGGGACCUCCAGAGGGUCCUGGGAGGGCCUGGGGCAGUGGGGGUGUCCCCCUGCCAGGACCUGGGACAGUGGGGGUGUCCCCCUGCCAGGACCUGGGACAGUGGGGGUGCUGUGGGGCCAGGAGGCUCCCAGGGGGCGGCUCCACCUUUGUUAUUCCCACUGGAAAAUCAGGAAUUGGGGACCAAAGCAGAGUGUGAGGCGUUCCUGGGAACACCUCCCUUCACUGGGGGCAGAGUCACGCUGGGAACGGGGAGUUGUGGCUGCAGUGGGGUCGGGGACAGGGAUUUGGAUUUGGGGUGGCAGCAGGGCAGGAUGGGCUGCCCAGGGUGGGAAUCCCAGCUGGUGCUAAAACAGGGAGCACAAGGGCAGGGGGAGCCUCCUCCUCCUCUCCCUGCUGAAUCCUCUUCGUAAUCACGUUCUUGUCUGGGAAUGGGGGGGGGGGGAGCCUCAAUGUGAAUAAACCCUUUUUUAAUGGACCAAAUAACACAGGAAAUUCCCUUUUGGGAUACAGAUCUUUUUUUAAUCCUCCCUCAAAACCAUUGUCCCUAAAUUCUCCCCUCCCAUGCUCCUUUCCACCCCCGCCAUGGGAAACAAACCUCUUACUGCUUGAUUUCUGCCUUUUCUCUCAACUUUAUGCACUUUUUUGCCUUUUUUUUUUCAUAGCUGAAAAGCACCUAAACCUGUAUUUAAAAAUAAAUAAAUAAAUAAAUGAGUUAAAAAAAAUUACAAGGAAGAAGAACGAUUAAAAAGCUGAAUAAUUGCUUCUCAUCACGUGUAAAAUAGACCUCGUCCAUCCCAGCUUCCCUGGUUGUGUCUCAGUGCUGAGCUUAGAACGUGUUUUCCUUGGGAUCCGUUGCUUAAUUGGGGUUUUGUCCUUGUGUCCUCCUUCCUGGGUUGAGCACCCACCAGUAAAAAACAAAACUUUUACCAAAUGAUUUGGCCUUUUUAUCCAAAAUAAAAAAAAAAAAAAAAAAAGAAAACCCACGGAAUGGAACAACCUGACCAUCGAUUCUCUUGCUGGUUUACUCGGAUUGAAAAUAAAAGUUUAAUUUUUA